CAACGUCUAUUUGUUUCCUAUCGGAAGCAUGAAGUAGCUACUAACGGAUAUCGGAAAAUCGAACUGAGUUUUUUUUAAACAAAUCUGGAUUGAGAGAGUGUUGUCGUCUGUAAAGAUGUCUCGAGGAUCCAUUGAAAUCCCUCUGAGGGACACCGAUGAGGUCAUUGAGCUAGACUUUGACCAACUCCCAGAGGGUGAUGAAGUCAUCAGUAUCCUGAAGCAGGAGCACACACAGCUGCACAUAUGGAUCGCUUUGGCUCUGGAGUACUACAAGCAGGGCAAAACAGAAGAUUUUGUCAAGCUCUUAGAAGCAGCUCGCAUAGAUGGAAACCUGGAUUACAGGGACCAUGAAAAAGACCAGAUGACCUGUCUGGACACCUUGGCUGCUUACUAUGUCCAGCAAGCACGUAAAGAGAAAAACAAAGAUGCCAAGAAAGAGCUUAUCACACAGGCCACCCUGCUGUACACUAUGGCAGACAAGAUCAUCAUGUAUGAUCAGAACCAUUUGUUGGGAAGAGCCUGUUUCUGUUUGCUGGAGGGAGACAAGAUGGACCAGGCUGAUGCUCAGUUCCACUUUGUCCUUAAUCAGUCCACCAACAACAUCCCUGCUUUGUUAGGUAAAGCCUGUAUCUCCUUCAAUAAAAAGGAUUACAGAGGAGCUCUAGCAUACUACAAAAAGGCUCUGCGCACAAACCCUGGAUGCCCAGCUGAGGUAAGACUGGGGAUGGGUCAUUGUUUUGUCAAACUGAACAAAUUGGAAAAAGCUCGUCUGGCCUUUGGCCGUGCCCUGGAGCUUAAUUCCAAAUGUGUGGGAGCACUUGUUGGAUUAGCAGUUUUGGAGCUCAACAACAAGGAAGCUGAUUCCAUCAAGAAUGGUGUGCAGCUCCUGUCAAGAGCUUACACAAUCGACCCAAGCAACCCCAUGGUGCUGAAUCACCUGGCUAACCAUUUCUUCUUCAAAAAGGAUUACAGUAAAGUGCAGCAUCUGGCCCUUCAUGCUUUUCACAACACUGAAGUUGAAGCCAUGCAAGCUGAGAGCUGCUACCAGUUAGCACGCUCGUUCCACGUUCAGUGCGAUUACGAUCAAGCCUUUCAGUAUUACUACCAGGCCACUCAGUUUGCCUCAGCCACCUUUGUGUUGCCCUUCUUUGGGUUAGGACAAAUGUACGUGUACAGAAGAGAUAAGGAAAAUGCAGCACAGUGUUUCGAGAAGGUUUUAAAGGCCUACCCAAACAACUAUGAAACUAUGAAAAUCCUUGGGUCUCUCUAUGCAACAUCUGAUGAUCAGGAGAAGAGAGAUAUUGCGAAAGGUCACCUAAAGAAGGUAACGGAGCAGUAUCCAGAUGAUGUGGAGGCAUGGAUAGAGCUAGCUCAGAUUUUGGAGCAGACUGACAUCCAGGGAGCACUGUCUGCUUAUGGCACAGCUACUCGCAUCCUGCAGGAGAAGGUCCAGGCUGACGUUCCUCCUGAGAUACUCAACAAUCUAGGAGCGCUACAUUUUAGACUGGGCAACCUGGGAGAAGCCAAGAAAUAUUUCCUGGCAUCUCUGGACCGGGCCAAGGCUGAAGGAGAGCACGAUGAACAUUACUACAAUGCAAUUUCUGUCACCACCUCCUACAAUUUAGCUCGUCUGUAUGAGGCCAUGUGUGAAUUCCACGAAGCUGAAAAACUCUACAAAAACAUUCUCAGGGAGCAUCCCAACUAUGUGGAUUGUUAUUUGCGUCUUGGGGCAAUGGCUCGUGAUAAAGGGAACUUUUACGAAGCUUCAGAUUGGUUCAAAGAAGCUCUGCAGAUUAAUCAGGAUCAUCCUGAUGCCUGGUCCCUGAUAGGAAACCUCCAUUUGGCCAAACAGGAGUGGGGUCCAGGCCAAAAGAAGUUUGAGCGUAUCCUGAAGCAGCCAUCCACACAGAAUGACACCUACUCCAUGCUGGCUCUGGGUAAUGUCUGGCUUCAAACAUUGCACCAGCCAACAAGAGACAGAGAAAAGGAAAAAAGACACCAGGAUCGAGCAUUGGCAAUUUAUAAACAAGUCCUGCGAAAUGAUGCUAAGAAUCUCUACGCUGCCAACGGCAUCGGUGCGGUCCUGGCCCACAAAGGCUACUACAGAGAGGCCCGUGAUGUUUUUGCACAGGUGAGGGAGGCCACGGCGGACAUCAGUGAUGUGUGGCUUAAUCUGGCUCACAUCUACGUUGAACAGAAACAGUACAUCAGUGCCGUCCAAAUGUAUGAAAACUGCUUGAAGAAAUUCUACAAAUAUCAAAACACUGAGGUGCUAUUGUACCUCGCAAGGGCGCUUUUUAAAUGUGGUAAACUACAAGAAUGCAAGCAGAUGCUACUGAAGGCUCGUCAUGUGGCCCCUAAUGACACAGUGCUGAUGUUUAACGUGGCCCUGGUGCUUCAAAGAUUGGCCACUCUAGUCCUGAAAGACGAGAAGAGCAACUUGAAGGCUGUGCUCAGUGCUGUUAAAGAGCUGGAACUGGCUCACAGGUACUUCAGCUACCUAAGCAAGGCUGGUGACAAGAUGAGAUUUGAUCUUGCCUUAGCUGCAUCAGAAGCAAGGCAGUGUUCGGACUUGCUGAGUCAGGCUCAGUACCAUGUAGCUAGAGCCAGAAAACAGGAUGAGGAGGAGAAAGAACUUCGAGCAAAACAGGAGCAAGAGAGGGACUUGCUGCGUCAACAGCUGAUGAAGGAGCAGGAGGAAAAACGAACCAGAGAGGUUGAGGAGCAGAAGAAGCUUCUGGAGCAGAGAGCUUUGUACGUGGAGAAAACCAAGAACCUGCUCACAUUCGUAGAUGGGCCAAAGGAAAUGGCCAAAGAAAAGAAGAAGGGAAGUGGGGGAAGUCGUCGUAAGAAAGGAGGAGACAUGGAUGAGUUUGUCAAUGAUGACUCUGAUGAGGAUCUGCCAGUGAAAAAGAAGAAGAAAAGGAGUGGAAGUGGAAGUGAACAGGAAGAAGGUGAAGAAGGAGAGAAAAAGAAGAAGAGGAAAAAGAGACCAGCCAAAGCUGGAGGUGAUGACAGUGAUGACGAAGAUGGUGCAUCCAGACCGAAGAAGCAGCGCAAAUUCAAAGAGCGCAAAAGGAUUGAAAAGCCCAAACCAGAGCGUCUGCCACCAUCUCUCAAAGGCAAGAUCAAGUCAAAGGCCAUCAUCUCUUCUUCUGAAUCAUCUUCAGAUGAGGAUGGACUAAAAAUAGCUGAAGACAGACAUCAAAAAGAAAGCGAUUCAGGGUCUGAUGAUGAGGAAGGCAACAGAAAGCGCAUUGCUUCUGACAGUGACUCAGACAGAGGGAGAAACCCCUCUGGCAGUGAGGCAGGCAGCCCUCAGCGCUCCGCAGGCUCCGACGAUGACGAAUCCGGCAGUGAGCGACCAGUGAAGAAGAGGAGGGUACAGAGGCAGCAAUCUGACUCCGAGCAGUCCGACAAUGAAAGCAAGAGAAGUCGGUCUGGAUCAGAGGAAUCACAGCCCGGUUCGCCUGUUGUGGCUUCAGACAGAGGAUCUGAGCCAGGAUCAGACAAUGAGGUUUCUGCACGUGGCUCCGAACCUGAGGCCUCCAAUAAUGAGGUGUCAGACAGUGAUUAAAAUCUCCAGACUCCCCCCUUACAGACUGGUCACAUGUGGACUUUACUUUCUAUAUAUAAAACAUACUACAUACUGUCACUAUAUCAUGAAUAAACCUAGAGAAGUCAUUUUGUUACAGCUCUUUUGUUUCUCACAUCUUAGUACAAAAUAAUGUCCAAGCACAAAUAUUGUCUUGUUUGAAAAUGAUUUUUACAAGAUGAUUUGUGUGGUUUACUAUGAAAAAGUGUACAAUUUUUUUUUUAUUGUCUUAGGCCUAUAAGGCAGACAAUAUUAUGGGUGUCUUUGAACUUCUGAAUAAAAUAAAGGACUUAAUUUUUCUUCAA